GAACACAACAUCUUUGCCAGUGAAGGCACCGAACAGUUCAUCAACUCCGCCAGAGUCAUCAGACAUGGAAGCUACAACUCCAGAACCCUGGACAACGACAUCAUGUUGAUCAAGUUGGCCUCUCCCGCCACCCUCAACUCUUACGUCAAGGCUGUUGGUCUGCCCGGUGGCUGCGCUGCUUCUGGAACCAGCUGUCUGAUCUCUGGAUGGGGCAACACCCUCAGCAGUGGAACAAACAUGCCCAGCCUCCUGCAGUGCCUGAACGCCCCCAUCCUGACUGCCGCCCAGUGUAGCAGCGCCUACCCAGGAGAGAUCACCACCAACAUGAUCUGUGUUGGAUACAUGGAAGGAGGCCAGGAUUCCUGUCAGGGUGACUCUGGUGGACCCGUGGUCUGCAAUGGACAGCUCCAAGGUAUUGUCUCUUGGGGAUAUGGCUGUGCCCUCAGGAACUAUCCUGGUGUCUACACCAAGGUCUGCAACUACAACUCCUGGAUCUCCAGCACCAUGGCUGCCAACUAA